GUUUGCAUCGACGCAGUUAACCCAUUAUUUAUCGUAGUUAAUUGCUAGUAAUUUUUUUUUUCAUUUUCACACGUCGCCAUAAAUCGCUCCGAUCGCUCUAUUCGCUCCAGUCACUCCAGUCGCUCCAGUCGCUCCAGUCGCCUGAACCGGUGAGUCACUUCGGGGGUUGUUAUGAUUCAAGUCACGCCAGAGCUGCGGAACAAAUCGAAAAAAUCUAUGGAAGAUUUGAAAAACAUGUGUGGAACAAAGGAAUCAACCGCGCAUAAUGAAUCAGCGCCUCUCAACUGAACAUGAAUGUGCAAAAGGUGGACAAAAAAUGGGAAGCUGCACUCGUUAAUUACAGAGAGAGUAGUCGAGAUAAUAAAAAAAUAGAAAGCGCAUUCAAACGGGUACCAAAAGACGACUAGAAAGGCCUCCGCAGAAGCCCGAGAUCGAAAAAAACAAAAAUACAAAGGAGAAAGAAAAAAUUUGUGACCACUGGCGCCACCGGAAUUCGGGAACAAUGGAAUUCCCCGCGGGGCCCACGAACCUUUCCGAGCCCGAUGGCGGGAAAUUUGAAGAGCGGCUGCAGAUUUGAUUGAUUUCUCCGUAAAUCGACCCCAAAAUUUCAUUUUUUUUAAGAUAAACAUUUGAAAAUGCCGGGACACUCGACGCGGGAAAGCAGCGAAGUCAUCCGGAUGGAACCCCUGGGCCGGACUUCGAGUUCCAGGAGCCCAGGGCAGAAUGGAAUCGCCAAUACGGAAGUCCCUGAGACGUCAGGAGACAGUAACACGGGGCUGCAUAAAAGAAGCCUCUAUGAGCACAAUGGGGUGGCUGUCUGCUCUCAAAAACGUGCGUUGUGCAUCGCAACAGUAGUUCUCGCUAUUUUAUUCGCCAUAUCACUCAUCAUCGCGUUUGCGGGACCACAAAAUGAUUGUCCCUGCGCGGGGGAAAAACCAGCUAAUCUCGAAGUUGAAGAUGAUGGAGCUGGGGCUGAGCCAAUGGCGACCAAUGGAGAAAUAUUUCCGUGGGAUAAUGUUAGAUUACCCGCAUUUUCUCACCCAACUAGAUACAAUAUAACAAUUCAUCCGAAUUUGACGACCCUAGAGGUUAAAGGACAAGUAACUAUCGAAUUUUACGUCGAUAGAGAGACCAAUUUUAUCGUCUUCCACAGUAAAAACCUGACAAUAACAGACAGAAUGGUGGUGAAUCGUAAAGGGCAUGAGAUGAAAAUCGCAAAAUUGCUGGAAUAUCCACGUCAUCAGCAGCUGUACCUGGAGGUGGAAGAAGGUAAAUUCCGGAAGAGAGGAAAUUACACGCUGCACUUGAGAUUCAUUUCAAAACUGACGACCGAACUCGAGGGAUUUUACCUGAGUUCUUACAAAACAGCAGAAGGAGAGAACAGAUAUUUGGCAACGACUCAUUUUGAACCGACAUAUGCUCGAUCGGCCUUUCCCUGUUUUGAUGAGCCCCAGUACAAAGCGAAAUUCAAAGUCUCGAUAUUCAGAGAUCGAUUUCACAUUGCACUCUGCAACAUGCCGAUCGUCAAUACCGAAGACGCUGGAUUCUACAUGGGAACGGGACUGCUGCGAGACGAAUUCCAGGAGUCAGUGGAGAUGUCGACGUACCUCGUGGCCUUCGUCGUGUGUGACUUCAAAAGAAUUUCCCAGCUCACCUCCAGGAACAUCUCCGUGAGUGUCUACGCGGCUGAGUCGAUGCUCCCCCAGGCUCAAUUCGCCCUAACGACAGCUGUACGAAUUAUGGAUUAUUUCGAGUCGUUCUUCGGUGUCAAUUAUCCCCUGCCCAAGCAGGAUCUCAUCGCAGUCCCAGACUUUGCUGCUGGAGCAAUGGAGAACUGGGGACUCAUCAGCUACAGGGAAGCAUCCAUCCUGUACGAUCCUGAUGAGACAUCAACUGCUGCCCACGAGUGGGUCGCCUUCAUCAUGGCUCAUGAACUCGCUCAUCAGUGGUUUGGAAAUCUUGUCACCAUGAAGUGGUGGAAUGAUUUAUGGCUGAAUGAAGGUGCUGCAAGUUUCUUCGAGUAUAUGGGGGUCAACAACGUAUCACCAGAGUGGAGCACCAUGGAUCAGUUUGUCCUCGACAAGACACAGGCGGGACUGCGCCUCGAUGCACUAGCUACGAGUCAUCCUAUCAGUGUUCCUGUCAAGGAUCCUGCUGAGAUCGAGGCGAUUUUCGACAGCAUCAGCUACGCCAAAGGUGCUUCCAUCUUCAAUAUGCUCCAGGGAUUCCUCGGGGAGGACAUCCUCAGGAGUGGUCUCAAUGAGUAUCUCAAUGUCCACGCCUUCGGUAAUGCCGAUACUAAUGACCUGUGGGCUGUCUUCUCCAAGCAUGCCAACAAUUCUUUUGAUGUCAAGGCAAUCAUGGACACUUGGACACAACAGACAGGAUUUCCUCUUAUCACGAUAAAUCGAGAGGGUCGAAUGGUGACUGCGAGUCAAAAACGGUUUUUACUGUAUCCACUGGAUAAUCAAACGGAAACGAUUCAAUCAAAAUCAGGUUUUAAUUACAAGUGGUAUGUGCCAUUGACCUAUUACACCGACAAGGAUCCUGAGAAGGUCUACACCAUCUGGAUGAACAUGUCCGAUGUCACCUUCGAGCUCCCUGAGGCCGUGGAAUUCAUAAAAUUCAAUAUAAAUCAGACGGGCUUCUACAGGGUGUCCUACCCGGACGAUAUGUGGACGUCGAUCAUAAAAACUUUAAUGACAAAUCACCGCAAGUUCUCGGCAAUCGAUCGAGCGAAUUUGAUCGACGACGUGUUCACUCUGUGCGAGGCUGGGGAAGUUAAUGCGACAAUUCCACUGAGACUGUCGCUUUAUCUGAUGAACGAGAGGGAUUACGUGCCCUGGGCUACGGCUCUGGGAUAUCUCCAUUCCUGGAAGCAGAGACUGGGGGAGAGCGCCGGCUAUAAAAGAUACACGGCGUUCAUGAAGAAAUUGCUUGGACCCAUUUCCAGAUACGUUGGGUGGAACGACGACGGAGAUCAUCUGACCAAACUCUUACGAAUAGCUGUCCUCCAGUCAGCAGUUGAGCUCCAGUUGGAGGACGUGGUGAAGCCCGCCAAGAACCUCUUCGAGGAUUGGAUGUUGCGGGGCAAGAAAAUUCCCCCAAACAUCCGAGACGUCGUGUACGUCGCGGGUAUAAGAUUUGGCUCUGAAAAGGAGUGGCGCCACUGCUGGGAGACGUACAAAACCACUCAAAUUCCAAGUGAAAAGAGGAUUAUCCUUCAGGCACUGGGUGCAACCACCGAUCCGUGGCUCCUCCAGAGGUACCUCCUGAAGUCCCUUGACAGGGAGAGCGUGAGGCCCCAGGACGUCGAAUCAGUCAUUGCAGCAGCUGCUCGCAAUCCUGAGGGCCAGUACAUCGCCUGGAGGCACGUCAAGGCCUACUGGCCCCAGCUUCACACACUCUUUGGUAAUGGAUCUGUGGGACUGGGGCCUCUCAUCUCCUCGGUUGUCUCCGACUUCUUCACGGAGUACGAUCACCAGGAGGUAACUGAGUUCUUCAAGGACAUGGACGUUGGCAGUGGAGAGCGAACUCUAGAGCAGAGCCUCGAGACCAUCAAAAUGAAUGUUCGAUGGGUAUCCAAUAAUGCCGACGAUGUCGACGAGUGGUUGAUUGAUAAUUUCAAAGAUUACCGAGAUUAGGUAAUUGCUUCUGAGAAAAUCUGGGAUGAUAACACGAAAUGAUGAUUCCUAGAUGAUGCUCAAAUAAUUUAUUCCCGUUCUGAUUUAUCGGAUUAUUUGUCACGCGUGGAAUUAUUUAGCAUGAAACUUUUCCCCUGGAAUUCAUUUCGAAACUCUCAGGCAUGCACGGUAACUUGAUUUAGUGGAUUUAUUCAAUUAGCAUAUCAACAUUACUAGACUAAAUUAAUUUGGUACGAUACGUUCUUCCCAAGGAAAAUACCAAUGUUCUAGCUCUCGUGGAAAUCGUGACUGCAGAUUCUGUCUUUCAAUAUUGAAUAUCGAUGUAUGAAAAUGGCGGAAAUUUUUGAAAGAAUUACAACCGAAAUGUGGAUUCGAUUUUCAAAAGAGCGGAGACUAGUCAUAAUCUCGCCAAAAGUUGCGAUUCCCUCGGGGAUUGCGACGAACAAGAAAGAAGAUGGACUAUAUAUUCAAAAUACAGAAACAAUAAACCAAAAUAUUAUGUGUCGUGUGCCAUGUGUUCAUGUUGCUACAGGACCUUGUGAUCUUGACGCGGGGUACGUCCAGGCAUGGAAUUUAUAUUGAGUCCGUGCUGAUCUAGAAUUAAACCAAAGAGCGAAUAAAAUCUGAUAUUUUACUAUUGGAGAGAGGGAAAUUGAAUCGAUGUAAUAAUUUAUUAUGGCAUGUUGCAGCCUUGCGUAGAAUUUUUCAAUCUCAUUUUAUCGUUCCUCUUUUUUUGCAAAUUAUGUAUUCUCAGCUGAUGUUGAUUUUCAGGCACAAGCGUCCGUCCCACAGACAUCUAUCUAUUUCUAUUUGAUAAGAGAUUAGUCCCUCCUGCUUGCUGAUUAAUUAUUCAAGCUUUUUUGACUCGGGGAAUGGAGAAAGUACCGAUUCAGUACUUUCAGUCAGUAACGAACCGGUUAAACGACUUGCGUUCAUUUUUCGGGAAUAUCUCAGAAUCCAAGGGAGCUAUCGCAAUUUUCGUUAGGAAUCGUUUUGUAGAACCACUCCGGAGCUAUAAAAAAUGUCUGAACAAAAUUUUUUUAUGUCCCAUACAUUGCGAGAUAUUCACGGAAAACUGGCGGAUAGUCAAAUCCCCAGAAUCAAAAACCGAAAAAAUGAAUAAAAAUACAAGUAUCCAGUACCAAUUGAACAAUUACAGACUAUAUACCUUUCUGAAUACGUAGAUUUUUAUACACUUCAAUACGAAAGAAUAAAAAUUACCCAAUAAAAAAAAAUGGCGAAUUACCAAAUCGACGCACAAGCUAGAAAUUUACAUGUAAAUAGAAUAUUUUUUCACUGAAUUUUCUCGAUCAUUGGAGGAAUGAAUAAAAUUACAAAAGGAAAAAUAAUCAGUGUAAUGAAUGCGUCGAGGCGAUAUCGCUGGUAUUAUUUCUAUCGAAUUGAUUUAUAUCUCCAGAGCAUAUUAAUCGGCCUAUUUCGAAAUAUUUUUUUUCUUCACUGUAAAAAAAAUGAGAUUAUGCUGAUGUCAAUAGGCCAAUGUCAGUGCGAUCCUUGUGGACGUUAAUAUGCCCUUAUGAAUCUAUCGGACGUGUAAAUUUCAUUGUUGUUUUGUAUUUUGUAUCCAUUGAACUACUUGUACCAUAUUAUCAAUUGUACUGUAAUAGAUAUUUUGUUGUA